AUCAAUACAUCAAUUCAUUGGACGACUCUCCAUUUACGGGACGAGUUAUUUAUGAGGUAUACAAGUAACGCGAUGCAGUCUAAAUCGUUUGAAUGGACUAAAGAAAAGGAUUUAUGACCAUGAGCUAACAAAACUUGCUCAUCAACAGGACCCAAAAAUAUGUUUUAGAUAAAUUUUCAUACGAUCUGUGAGUUAUACGAUUCGAAUUGUGCAAACAUCAAAAUGGAUACAUAUAGUAUCAAGCAACGGAAACAUUCAAAUGGAUUUAGACAUGAUAAAGUGACCAUGGGUGUAGCAUUAUGUUGGCUGUUAAAGGCCGGAUUCUGUCUUCUCUUGCCUCAAGUUGCUUCCGCUGCUUAUGGAACUGCUCCGAAGAACGUCACAUUUGGCGUCAUCAUCCCAGAGACGGGAGGAUUUUACAGCAAAGCCAUGAAGCUGGCCGUGGAUCUCGCUGUCCAGAGAGUGGCAAACGAUCCAACCCUUCUUCCAAACAUCAACCUCCUACCUCUGUUCAAAAUGGUCGACAGUCAGCUCGACACAUUUCAAAGUAUCACCGCAGUUUCGGAGUUCCUCCACAAUGGCGUCCACUUCAUCGUUGGGCCCGAUUCCUCGACGGCCGUGAAGGCGACCCAGCCCAUUUGUCAAGGGAUGCAUAUCCCACAGCUGGCCCCCUCAGCCACUGACCCAAUCCUUUCCAGCUUUCAUGAUCUCUAUCCAUAUCUUCUAAAAAUGAGUUCCCCAGACUCUCUCCAGAGCACGGCCCUGUAUGACCUGGUGAUCAAGAUGCGCUGGACCAGAGUAGCCAUUCUGACGUCGUCCUCAGAUUACGGUCGCAAUGGCCUUACAGAGUUCCAGCGGUUGGCCUCAAGAGGCGACGCUUUAGCUAUCACCAGUGUUGAUAUGUUCCACGCCCCUUACAAUGCCUCGCUGACGGACGCCACCAAACAACUGAAGGCUAUCAUCGCCAAAGGUACUCGCAUUGUCAUUUUGAACUGCCUCUCCGUCCAUGCCUACCACAUCCUGACGCAGGCUGCCCAGCUGGGAAUGCUGAAUAAAGGUUGGGGCUGGUUGGUGACGGAUGGAGUCACAUCGGAAUUGCCAAUCUCAAACGAACCAAUCUGUAACGUCACCGUUCAAAUAUCUAGAGGCAAACCACUGACCACAGCCAAGAGCAGCAUAUCUAACAGUUGUAUGGAGACGCCGCUACACCUCAGGGGCUUGCUGGGUACGAGGCCCAGUAUGGGAGCUGGCGACCUGUACCCAGAGUUCGUAAGCGCUUGGGAGAAUAUCACCAAGGAUAUGUCUGGAGAUCAGAAUAGCUGUUGUAAUGAUAUCACAUCGUUACAAUUUAUGGGGUAUGCGGUGAAGACCUACGACAGUGUCCUCGUGAUAGCCCACGGACUCGACAACUUCCUACGCGACGGCAACAACCUCAGCGAAUAUAAGGCAAACCCACCCAACUUGGCUAACAUAUUCGCUCAAGCGCGUCCCGAUGGCAAAUUGCUCUUCAAGUACCUUCGUGAGGUUAACAUCCCUGGUGCCAUGAACUGGUUAAACUUCACGGAGCAGAACAGGCCGUUUAUGAGCGACUACCAGAUAGUCAAUUUAGACUCGAAAUCAUGGCGAGUGGUUGGUAACUGGUCCCAGACCUCGAAUCCUCCCCUCUACCUCUCCAAUUCCACCGAUAUCUACUUCCCUUCAUGGACGCUAGAGAAACCAGCAGACUUCCAACUGGAUCUGAAGAACAAAACUCUAAGAAUAGUCACGAUACUGGAAGCUCCAUUCGUCAUGGAGAAUAACGGAAGCACAGCCUUUCCUGGAAGAAAGUAUCAAGGCUUCUGCAUCGACCUGUUGGACGCACUGCAGGAGAAGAUCAACUUCAAAUACGACAUCCAUUUGGUCAAGGAUGGCAAUUAUGGAGCACAGGACGCGGUCACAGAGGAGUGGAACGGCAUUGUGAGAGAAAUACUGGAUGAUGAAGCAGAUAUAGCGGUUGCACCACUCACGAUCAGCUACGACAGGUCCCAAGUCGUCUCCUUUACAAAACCCUACAUGGACUUCGGCCUUACAAUCCUGAUGGGCCGGACUACCCCCGAGAAGGACGUCCUCGCCUUCCUGCACCCAUUCUCAUUGAACCUCUGGCUGGGCUUCUCGGGCUUUCUCUGCCUCGCCGCGGUCAGUGUUUGGGUAUGCGCCACGUUUAGCCCGUACGGAUACAGGGGGCGGUACGCGCAGCGGCGAGAUCGUUCCGAUACAAGAUGGCGCUCGCAGAGUUUGGCCAUGUCGCUUUAUGAGAGCGUACACUUCGCUUUUGCGGCAAUAGUCAGCGCGAACACGGAUGCCAUACCCCGGAGUUUAUCUGGCCGUAUCAUAGGCAACGCCUGGUGGUUGUGUGUUUUCUUCAUUACCUCAUCAUACACGGCGAACUUGGCUGCUUUCCUGACAGUAGCAAGGCUUAACACAGGGGUAUCUUCGAUUGAGGAUCUUGCCACCCAAACAGACAUUAAGUAUGGCACCGUCGCCUCAAGCCAACCCGAGGCUUUCUUCGAGCGCCGGCUGACCAGCAUAUACGGGACCAUGUAUGAAUUCAUGAAAUAUCAAAACACCAAUGUUGCGACCGCCGCGGAGGGAAUUGCAGAGGUUAGGAAGUCGGUCACUUCAAAAGGAAAAAGCAAGAUACAGGCGUUCAUCUUUGAUUCCACCAUCUUGGAUUACGCUGCCCAAUCACAGCCGUGCAACGUAUUGACCAUUGGCCGCGUGUUUGCAAAAGCAGGCUACGGAUUAGCUAUGCGGAAGAACUCACCCUUUUUGCACGAUUUCAACCAGCAGGUGAUUGCACUUCGUGAUGAGGGAAAGUUGGAGAGUCUGCACACAACGUGGUUCAAAGGGGGCUGUCCAGCGGCAGAUUCAGCGUGUCCAAGCUUACAGAAUUGUGGAGCCUCGACCAACAGUGGAGGAGACCAGUUGAAUUUCUGGAGCAUGGCCGGAGUGUUCUUUUGUUUUCUUGGUCUCUUCGUCAUCGGCAUGAUCGUCCUGAUUUGUGAAUACUUUAUCGCCUCCUAUCGACGGUCAAAAGAAGCAGACCCGGGUGAGAUAAAAAGACCAACCUUCUCCGAGUCGAUCAGCGACAGAAAGAAGAAAAUAAGGAACGACCUGUGUUAUAAUGUGUGCGGCCAUUGCUGGCCUAAACUCAGUCACGUUGACGAUGACGUCAGCCCGACUCAAUCUCAGACUGCGAAGAAUGACCAUCCGGGUUUUGCAGGAAGCAAUGGUGUGAUACCCAAUGCAUACGCUAUGUAUCAUACAGGACCUUCGCCUGACUUGGGUAUUUCCCACCAGGGCUCGGCAACGAAGUGUCCCCCAAACGAUUUCAAUGGCGAGAGAUAUACAAAAACUAGUCCAAGGCACCAUCCAUAUCAUGGGAGUCCUCGGAUGAUUAAGUCGGUUCGGGUAUAGGAAAGAUUUUACCAUCACAGGUUUUGUAUUUCGUAUACUGUCAAGAGGAAAAUACGUUAUUUCCUAUUGAUAAUGGCACCUGUCUAGCUUCGACUUUGCUGAGGUUGGGGAGAGAAGUUAUGCCGCAUGCGUCAGGAGCUCCCGUGGUGAUUGAAAGUGAGAAAAGGUCUUUAUUGUGUUUUGAUUCUUAACCGGUGAUGCCUUAUCCAUUCGUACCGAACAGUAUUAUUGACAAUCGACAUGGAGACGGUUACUAAAUCGACUGCGUGAGAGUGUGAAAUUGGUACUAUUUUAUGGGAAAUGUUUUAUACCAAUUGUAAAUACAUGUGCAUUGUGGAUAUCUAGGAUGACAUCUCUCUUGUGUUUAGGACUUCUCAGGUAUUAUUCAAUUGAGUCCAUCCUCCCAUAGCAGGGAUCUUUUCUCUGAUACGUCUACUCUCGUUGAUCCGUGACAACAUCGUCUCAAUCACGGUAACGUCGAGAUUCUCGCCACUUCACGCAGUCCAUGGGAAGUAACGAGAUUCCAAAUGACCUAGACUCUGUCACUAGUCCUCUCCAUUCAAUCAUUGUUUAUCUCGUUCUAAGGUCAUGACCAGCAGGAGGGACGAGGUAACCAGCUAGUCUCUAUGGUCUAGUUGUCAUUCGUUCUCUCGUAAAAGUGAUAUGCGUCCGUCGAAACGUUUGGUUGUGAAUACCUUAGAACAUAGUUGAGAUGUACCAGCGUAAUGAAUACAUGGCGAGUGUGUGACAAGAAAACUGAUGUAAAUAUAU